CUCCUGAGCAACGCGACCCAGUGAGUGGGAGAGUGAGUGCUCAGCGGAGUCCAGCUGCCCGCAGCACGGAGCCCGCUGUGUGGAUGUCUGCGUGCAGCCCUCUGGACUUGGUGGGAGGAGGAGAAGUUUCCCUAAAGACGAGCCUGGAUCACUGAGAGAGAGAGAGAGAGAGAGAGAGAGAGAGAGAGAGAGAGAGAGAGAGAGAGACAGAGAUAGAGAGAGAGAGAGAGAGAGACGAUGCCUUCCUCCUCCAACACACAAUCGCGAGCCGCUCAGUGGAUUUGCUGAUUGCCGAAAUUAUCUUUCCGCAAGUUUAUUCAACGGGACUGAGGAGAGGUUUUUGUUUGAGCCAGAGGAUGCUCCCACAUGUCGUUCGGAUCCUGUAUGUCUUGUCUUUCUGCUUUUUCCAAGGAGGCUUUAUCAGACUGAGCUCCUGUAAGGAGGAGAUAAAGCCCCCCAGCAGGGCAGGACCUCAGCUGUCGCCUUCCGACUUCCUGGACAAGCUCAUGGGGAAGACGUCGGGGUAUGACGCCCGCAUCAGACCCUACUUCAAAGGUCCACCUGUGAAUGUCACCUGCAAUAUUUUCAUCAACAGCUUUGGGUCCAUCACAGAAACCACAAUGGACUACAGGCUCAACGUAUUCCUACGGCAGAAAUGGAAUGACCCUCGUCUGGCCUACAGCGAAUACCCGGACGACUCCCUCGAUCUGGACCCGUCCAUGUUGGACUCUAUCUGGAAGCCCGAUUUAUUCUUUGCAAACGAGAAAGGAGCCAAUUUCCACGAGGUCACCACUGAUAACAAGCUGCUGCGGAUUUUCCAAGAUGGCAGCGUCCUGUACAGCAUCAGGCUGACUCUUAUCCUGUCCUGCCCUAUGGACUUGAAGAAUUUCCCCAUGGACAUUCAGACCUGUACCAUGCAGCUUGAAAGCUUCGGUUACACCAUGAACGACCUGAUCUUCGAGUGGCUGUCAGAGAACCCGGUUCAGGUGGCUGAAGAUCUCACCCUCCCACAGUUUGUGCUGAAAGAGGAGAUGGAUCUGGGCUACUGCACCAAAUAUUACAACACAGGUAAAUUCACCUGCAUUGAGGUGAAGUUCCACCUGGAACGUCAGAUGGGCUACUACCUGAUCCAGAUGUACAUCCCUUCCCUUCUCAUCGUCAUCCUCUCAUGGGUCUCCUUCUGGAUCAACAUGGACGCUGCGCCUGCCAGAGUGGGCCUGGGCAUCACCACAGUGCUGACGAUGACCACCCAGAGCUCCGGCUCGAGAGCCUCGCUGCCCAAGGUCUCCUACGUGAAGGCCAUCGACAUCUGGAUGGCGGUGUGCCUUCUCUUUGUGUUUGCUGCGCUGCUGGAGUACGCCGCCGUUAACUUUGUCUCAAGGCAACACAAGGAGUUCAUCAGGCUGAGGAAAAAGCAGCGGCAGCAAAGGAUAGUGUCUUCCAGUCAGCCUGGGAGUUUUGAGUCGUUGCGGAAAGUGACCGACCUCCCUGGUAACAGCUCAACCUACAGGACUCAGCACUGCAGCGCCUGUGCCAGGGAGGACGACCUGAUCAGGGAGAGCCGCGGCUUUUACUUCCGGGGUUACGGCCUGGGUCACUGCCUGCAGCACAAGGAUGGCAACGCUGUGGAAGGGCCCAGCGUCUUCACCGCCACCCCCCCUCCUCCUCCUCCUCCUCCUCCUCCGGUCAUCGCGUGCGACAGGGAGACGCUUCACAAGCGCUUCGUGGACCGGGCCAAGCGCAUUGACACUAUAUCCAGGGCCGUGUUUCCCUUGAGCUUCCUCAUAUUCAACAUCUUCUACUGGAUCACCUACAAAGUGCUGCGACACGAGGACAUCCACGCCAGUUUGUAGAAGCCGCUCGCUGCCGACUCCAGAUGCUACUUUUUUUCUUUUUCCUCAGAACCAGAACUGCCUGUCAGAUCUACAUCGCAAUGAGGAAAUGCGUCAGAGAGGGCAGACGUGCCUCUUGAAACAUGCCAGGCGCUCUGGCGCGUCUUCAGGAUCUCAGACAGAGAGCGAUGAAGGGGAGGGACGAGGGUCGAUCUACGGGAGGUCAGGCUGCGGGGGUUUGUGGUUGGCGCUCUGUCUCGGGUUUGGUUUGUUCCGGAUUACAACACACGUGGAAACGCUGCUGGUACUCGUGGGUUCAUGACGUUGGUUUGAGAGUUUGAGAGACGUCGGUGUAAGUUCCGGCUGAGUGAGAUAUACCGACUUGAAUUUUGACACUACGCAUCUCUGAAUGAAUGUUUUUGAAAACACACAAAAAAACUGUUAUUUUUUUUUUUUUUACAAAUAUCAAAUGGGUACAAAGAGGGUGUGGGGGGGGGGAGGGUCUUUGAUAUUGAUGAUUAUUCAAUUAUAAGUGGUGAUAAUUCAGCAACUUGUAACAAGAGAUUAUAUAUAUCUAUAAAACGGUGUAUAAAGUGUAUAUACACAAAGCUGUUCAUUAAACCGCACAAAGCACAAAUAUGUAUUUCCUUUUGUCUAAAUUCAAAUAAAUUGUUAUUC